AUGCCUUUGCCGCACAACUCGUCCUACAGACCUACAUACGCCAGGGAGAAAGGAGAGUCGGGCAGAAGAACUGCCAAAGAGACAAACGUUGUCCGAGGUCAUGCUCAACCUCCUCCUCCUCCACAAAAUGUUACGCUAUUGACAAAGGAUUUUGACAUGAUUUUGACCUGGACUCCAGGAGAAGGCUCUCCACCAAAUGUGACAUACACUGUGAGGUAUGAAAGCCAGGAACGCAUGGACAAAUGGAUAAAGGUUCCUCAUUGCAAAAAUAUUCACAGAACCUCUUGCAAUCUGACUUGUGUGCUUCCAAACUUAUUUGUUAAAGUCCGGGCUCGAGUAAAAGCUGUUUCUGGACGAUUCCAGUCACCAUGGGUAGAAUCAGAAUCCAAGGAAUACUAUUUGGAUGUGGAACUCGCUCCCCCAGUGCUAAACGUGAAUAUCAAGGAGAACUUAAUGCAUGUGAAUGCCUCCUUCCCUUUGGCCACCUGCGUGGAGAGUUUCUUUUGGAUGUAUGACUUGAACCUUUGGAAAGCUGGAUCUGAAGACAAGAAGCAAUACGAAGGUAACUUUAAGCAGUAUACAGUGACUAUCGAUACCACUGCACUUAGAGGCAACUACUGUUUAAGUGCCAGAUCUUCCUUCCAAAGCACUGACUUCAAGUACAGCAAAUUCUCCCAACCAGUGUGUGUGCUGUUAAACCAAAAAGUGCAAUGGAAGUCCCUGUUUUCUGCCAUGAUCCCUGUGUUUGUCCUCCCCAUCUUUCUGACAAGUGCCUUCAUCACCUGUUUGCUGAAACAAGAUGCUAAGCGAAAGAAGAUGCCUCAUACUUUGAAUUUAUCUCAUUUAAAAGCUGCUGGACCAGCCUUUCACUGUGAGCUCAGCGAAAAGGAAUUCUUCAGUGACUCUCUUACCUGCACAGAGAAGCCAGCGUCACAAAGGAAGACAAACACAGCUUUAGCAAGAAACAACCUACCAUGGAUGGGUUCUUUCUUCUCAUCAUCAGAGGAGGAGGAGGAGAAGGAAGAGGAAGAAGACAGCAGUACUUUCAUCCCAUACACUGAAAUGCCUCAGUUCCCAAAGAGGCAUCUCAACUGUCAACCAUCCAGAACAGCUCAGGGGGAAACUGGCUCAGACUCCGGAUCUGGAGGUCUCUCUGUGGAUAGUGAAUCUGUGCCUGACCUAAGUACCUUGGGUUUCUCUUUCUUUCCAAUGAGAAAGAAUGAGGUGGACACCUCAGGAUCCCAAGGAGAUGAGAAGGCAUCCCUCUCUCGCAGUUCCUCUUUGGGAAUAAUAUCCCUCACUGAUGUGGAAUUCCCAGGUCCCAGGGAACAUGGACAGCAUGAUACAGACAGGGAUGAAUGCCUGGAUGUGACCUCUCUUCAAACACCGAUGGAGGGGAUUUGUGCCAAACUUCCAGCCGAUGAGCACGGCCUGCAUAGGAAGGCUCAUCAUUUCACCAAGUGUUACCAGAAACCAACAGUUGGUCAGCAUGUCCAGAUCGGUGAGCUAUCACAGCUCAGUGAGGAUCCCAGCACUGAGCUGCUCAUUUCCUUUCAGGCAUUACAGGUGGCAGAAGACGAAGGCAUUGCAAGUGACUGUGACAGCGAUAACCUUACGGAAGGGACACCUCCCGCAUCCACGGUGCUAAGUGACACAUUUGAAACUUUAAAUAUGGAGGAAAAAUAUGAUCAAAAAUUUAAAUUCAAAGGCCACAAGCACACAUCUUACAUGGGAAGGAGCUAG